CGUGGUAGAGUUUCGCGGUUUGUUUACGGUUGUCAUGUCGAAGAGGACACACGAACACGUGCGUACUUCAUCUGUUUGCUGAAGGAAAUUUGUCUAUUGUCGUUGUCAUCCCUCUUAAAAAGAUUAAUAUUCAGCCAUGGAAAAAGACGAGACCCAGUCAGCAACGAAAGACGAAAGCCAGCCGAUCCCCGAGGAAGCGAAAGAGCUGAGAAUGUCUAGAGGAAUGAAACCUGAGCUCGUGAUCGAUUUUGAAAAACUGAAAACACUAUUUGUUUAUGACGAGAUGGGGAAUAAAAUACGUUUUUCAGAUAUAUACAAGAAGCAAAAGACCAUUAUCAUUCUAACACGACAUUUGUUGGACUUUAUCACAAAGGAGUAUGUAGAAGAUCUGGCUCUUAUUCCACUAGAAUAUUUGCAAGAAGUUGAUGUCCGCUUAGUGGUUGUAGGACCAGCUCAUUAUAAAUUUAUAAAGGAUUUCAAGAAACUCACAAGAUACCAGCAAACAAUGUACUGUGAUCCAGAUCGUCAAGUAUACAAGACAUUAGGAUGUAUAGAGAAACUUGCAUGUGGACCACUGAGUGACAGCAAGCACAUAAAAUCUGGAGCAUGGGCAGGAACGUUAAAGAGUGUGUGGCGAGCCAUUCAGUACCAGGAGUUUCAGGGGGAUGUCAAGCAACAGGGAGGAGCAUUCAUUUUAGGACCUGGAGAGGAAGUGCACUUUUCUCACUUAGAUGAAUCAUCAACAGAUCACACGAACAUUAAUGAGUUGCUGAGGGAGGCUGGAGUGCAUCCAGUCAACUUUCCCAAGGACAAGCCAGUCAUCCAUAUCUAAAUGAAUAAUAGACAGUGUAAUCUUGUAGAAAACUUCUUUGACAAGGAGUUGACAGUAUAGUGUAAUCCUGUAGUAACUUUGACAAUUGUGGGAAUAGUUGGGGUUUGAGUACAACUGGCACUGCAUGGAGAAAUUGGAUGGAUUUUUAAUUAAAUUAUAUAUGCCUGAGCUGGUAUAUUUUGCACGUAUGAUGAGCAAGCUAUUUGUAUGUAAUUCUUUGUGAUAAGGCAACAGAUCUUCUAUUUAAAAAUGUAUAGGCAAAAUUAACUAAAUUAACUAAAAAACUAAAUGGCAGAUCUUCAACUUUUGAAGAGUGUGUCAAGCAUGGUACAGAUUCUUUUAAUGUGGAAAAGCCUUUAAGAAAAUUUUGUGAUUUGUUGCCUUCCCACUGUCAGGUAAGAAAAAUUGUUUAAACAACAGUAUGAGAAAUAUCAUUCUUUGUUUACACAUGUAAUAAUAUUUAUGAACCUUUUGUGGUAAUAAUAAUAAUAAAUGCAAAAUUUGUAAAAUGCAUACUCACACUCCUAAGGAGCAUGCUCUUAGCGCCUGAGAACAAGAACAAAACAUGGACAGC